AUGAUCAUUCAGGUGAAAGACGAAGAUUUCAAAGUACUAGUACCGCGGGUCCUGACGGCUCAAGAAAUUGCUUCUAUUCAGAAGCCAAACCAGCAGACCUUCGACUUGACUGCCUUCACCGUGCGCCUAGUCCUUGGAGCAUCCUGGUCGGUCAUGGCAAAAGACGACUUCCAACUGGCUAUUUCCAACCUCACCCGCAAGUCCUCAGAGAACAAAGACUUCAUCACCGCAGCAUCAUUGGAAAAUCUGAUGACGAGAGCCUGGAUUGAGAGGGCUCUCGAUUACUACCUUCACCCAAGCAAACACAAGCCACUUCAUACCCACUCCUAUCAUAUCCCGGAUCUUGCCGCCCUCGCCAGCGUGAGGGGACAAAGAGCCUUCGCGAUUCUGAUCCACACCGAAAAUGUCGAUCUUCUGAAUGCCAAAGACCAUGCUCAGGAUCUUUUGGACGAUGGCAAGCUCCCCUGGAAGAAGGAAAAAUGUGUCAAAAUCCUGGAAGAUGCGGAUCCUUCCAAUGAACGUUGGGAGCCAAAGCCUGAGCUGCUCGAAUCAGCAGCCAAAGAAAUGUAUUCUUCACAGUGGAUCUUCCUCCCGCCAAAGUUUUCUCCGACGACUCUCCAUCAGAAUUUCGAAGACGAUCGCAUUCUCCCCUUCGUUGGAAAACCAGAACUGCUCGGUGAAGGAGCUUACGGCAAAGUGUACACAUUGCAAAUUGAUCCUGAAUGCCAAACUUUUUUGGAUCAUUAUCCUAAGCUUGUGAGAAAGGAGAUGGAAGGGCCCGAAUCCAUCCAAAGUCACGAGAAUGAGCUUGAAGCUCUGGGGAUACUUUCCAGUCCCGGACACCGCAACAUUCUCAAGUUACUAGGCUCCUACACGUACAUGAACAAGCGAAAUCUGAUUUUCCCAUCUGCCGAGAACGGCAGCUUGGAGAAGCUUUUGAAGUGCGGAGGCAAGUCUCCUUUUCUUCGCAAGGACGAUGUCUUGUCUGCCUUGGUGGGCUUGGCUUCUGCUAUCAAGUACCUACACAAUCCCACUGUAGAGGCCAGGCUGGAAGGGCAAGGUGUCCAGCGCAAGGGGUUCCAUCACGAUCUGCAUCCCCGCAACAUCCUUCUUUCCGGGACGAGGUUUAUCUUAGCGGACUUCGGAAUGGCUAGAUUCAAGCGUCAUAGCGAAAACUCCAAUACACAAUCCAGGCAGGUGCACAGCGACUUUUUGGCUCCAGAAUGCACACCCUUCAUCGACAAGUCUGAGCAGGACGGCAUCCGUCGUUCUGCCGAGAUCUGGUCUUACGGUUGCAUUCUGGUCGAGAUUUUGGCUUUCAUGCAUGGCGGGUCCGAACGAGUGAAAGCAUUCAGAGAAGAACGCUCUCAAGACACGACGAGUCCAGGGAUCAGAUCUGCCGGGUUCUACAUUGGGGGAGAUGGCAUCAAUCACAUCGUCAAUAAGUUUCUCGAAGACUUGGAAAGAUGUCCUACCCCUACGAGCCUCUCUCAUCCCGAGCGCCUGCUCAGUCUCAACCCUUUGUUGGCACUGAUUCGAGACAUGCUCUCCAUCCAGGCGGACAAGCGGCCGCGUGCGUCCAUGAUGCUAUGUCGCCUUUCAUUUGUUGCCCUGUUCGAAAUCUCUGCAGCAGUCUCGGAAAAAUUUAAGCAAAUCGUGCCCGAUGGUGAAUCCACAACUCUUGGCGCGGAGAGGGAGCGCAUCCGCUUUGAGAGCUGGCGCUAUGCACUAGAACUGCUUGAGGAUAUCACGACUGUUGGAAUUAGGGACACGUUCCCAUUCGAAGAAGUCAGGAACAUGCUCCUUCAGCUUGAAGAGAAAUUGAUCAGAACACUCCUGCUGUUGUCUCCUGUGAGUCUUCUCAUCGACCGACUGUGGGAAAUCUUGACAGCGGAUGAGAAGAAGCGUGCAGACGCACACUUUGAUGAAGAGCUACUUCGAGGCGACGACAGAAUCAAAGAAUGUCCAGAUCCCAGUUUCUUCGAUAGCAGGCGGAAGGCUGUGUUGAAAAUCAAGCAAAUGACAGACCAGCUCGACGAGCUCAACACUGCUCAACAAUCUUUCGAAAUAGACCACCAUGAGAUCGAAAUGGAAGACCCGUUCGGCGAACAUCGUAUUGGCACUAUCAAGAAGUCAAGUGCAGUCCGGUUUUCCGCGGUUCCACAACGUGUACUCGUCGAAUGGCGCGAACCUACAUCAGUCCAUUCUGACGAGGGCAACAAGGAUGGCCAGAAGUUCGUGGAGUACACAAACCGGUUAUCUAAACUCCUUGCAAUCGAAAAGCCGACUUUCUUCCACGCCCUUACAUGUCGUGGGUUCAUCAGAGGGAGGAACGCAUCGCUGGGCCUGGUCUUCAAUCUCCCAGCCGGUUAUCUGAAGCCGGUAUCCCUCUUCGACGUGAUCACAAUAUGCCAGAAACCCAAAUUCCACCCGUUCCUCGAAGACAAGUUCAGACUUGCACAUGCCUUAGCUGAAGCCGUCUAUCACUUCCAUCAAGUGGGCUGGUUUCACAAACGUUUGCGCCCGUCAAAUAUCAUCUUUUUUGCCCCACGUGACAGCGCGAUCCCCAAGGCAGAGAAACUCAAGGCCGAGGAAAUCAUCCUGAACCCAUACAUUGUUGGGUUCAGCCACAGCCGGCCAAACGAGCGCGAUCACUUCACUGAGUUCUCCAGCGACCCGAGAAAUGCAUAUUCUCAUCCGGACUACCUUCCCAAGGGAUCAGGCUUCCGGCAGGAGUACGACUACUACAGCCUGGGUCUCAUACUCUUUGAGAUCGGCCAAUGGCACCCAGUCGCGAACGUGAAGGGCUCAUCGAUGGAAAAAAUGACGGUGCAACAAAGACGUGAUGAAAUACUUCAGAAUCGGCUACACAUUUUGCGAAGGACAAUGGGAAAGACGUACUAUGAGGUUGUGAAAACGUGCCUUGAUAAUAAUUGGGCAUCCGACGCACAAAUCUUCGAUUCCGAUCAAAACCAGAGAGUCAGAGAAGACUUCCAUAAGCUUGUCGUGUGUCAAUUGCAGGAGGUGUUCAGGCGACUUUCGGGAACUGAGGGUAUUGCAAUACCGAAGUAG